UUCUGCCUGUCCCUCUUUGUCCGGCUGCGCUGAAGGCCAUGAUGGAAUUAUGGCUAUAUUUGCGUUUUUGAAUGAAUAAUAGUUGAAUUGUGGACCAUCCAGCAUACACCGUGCACGGACCGGUUUGUUGGCAAUGACACACCAGAUUUAAAAGGACUGCAAGGCAAAGCAUCGGAGAAAGGUCGUAUUAGCUAAUGGCUGCCGAAUCGGGGAGACUACAGGCGGGACAAGGAAAGCGAAACAAAGCCUUACAGAUGAAGAGCCCAGAGAAGAAGAAGGCAAGAAAGUCUACAUCCCAGGCGGCGGGGUUCUCUCACCUGACAGAGUUUGCCCCUCCCCCAACUCCCAUGGUGGACCACUUGGUGGCAUCAAACCCCUUUGACGAUGACUUUGGACCCCCAUCUCGACCAAGUGGAGCUGGCGGACCAGGUGGUUCUCCUUUUCUUCAAAGUCCUGGUGGUGGAGGAGGGGCUUAUGGAGGUGCAGGGAGAAUGGGAGGAGGAAUGGGAUUCAUGGGUGGGCCAGGUGGACCAGGAGGUGGCCAGCCAGGACGGAGGCCUCCAUUCGGCCCCCCAUCUAACGCUGGUCCCCACCACCAGCUAGGUUUUGGGGGGAUGCCUGGCUUUGGUGGAGGCGGUGGUGGUGGAGGCGGUGGGGGAGGAGGAGGUGGUGGAGCUGGUGGCGGGUUCCCUCCGGGUGGCCCAUCUCAAUUCAACAUACCCCCCAAUUUCAGUCCCCCUAUGCACCCCGGGUCUGGAUUCAACCCGAUGUUGUCACCAGGAGGUAUGGGAGGUCCUGGGGGAGGAGGGCCACCCCAUCCCCGAUUUGGGAUGCCUCCCCAGCAGCAGCAUGGACAGGGCCAUCCCUUUAACAGUCCCCCGUUACCUGGUGGAGGAGGUCCCCGGGGACCACCACAUGGACCCUUACCAUCUAUGGGAAGCAUGGGCCCUGGACCAGGAAUGAACAUGAUGGGCGCUAUGGGUGGUGGGCCAGGAGGCAACAUGGUUGGCGGACUACCUGGUAUGCCCCCUCAAGGACAGUUCCCACCUUCACAAGAUGGACCAUAUCCUGGCCCCUCUCCCCCUGGACCUGGUAGUGAGGAUGGAAAGAACUUUGGAGGAGCAGGAGGACCUCCUGGCCCUCAGCAGCAGCAGCUUGGCAUGAACCCAAAUGGUCCCCCACCAAAUAACACUCCUCCUGGGCCGCCUUCAAACUCGGGCCAGCAACAGCCUGUAGGUUUUCCUGGUCACCCUGAUGUCCAACAGCCGGGCAACAACACCCCAGGUCAACCUCCUUCAGCCCCCCAGCAACCCAACCCCAACUCUUCUCCUACUGGUCCACUGAAUGGAUCAGGCCAGCCCCAGCACCCUCCACCUGGUCAACUGCAGCCUCCCAACAACACUAACAUCCCCAAUUCCAAUAACUCCAAUCAGCAGACACCACAGACCACGCCACCCAACUCAGCCCCGGGGUCAGCUUCACAUAAUCAGCAAAACAACACUCCCAGUGCUGGUGGUCCUAUGUCCAACAAUAACUCGGGUCCCAACAACAUGACCAACAACAAUGGCAGCAACACACCUGGCAGCAAUCCCAAUCCCCCGUCCAACUCUACAUCGACCCCGAACACUCAGUCUCCACUCCCCCCUGGCCCUUCAACCCAGUCAACUGGACCUGGUUCUGGUCCUGGGAAACUCGGAGGUCCUGGUAUGGUCUUCCCAUGUGGCCUUUGUAUGGCAGAGGUGCAUGAUGACCAGGACGCCAUCCUGUGCGAGGCAUCGUGUCAGCGGUGGUUCCAUCGUGAAUGCACAGGUCUGACAGAGCCAGCGUAUGGGCUGCUGACACGCGAGAGUGCCGCCGUUUGGGCCUGCGAUUUCUGCAUCAAGACGAAAGACAUCCAGUCCAUGUGUGUGCGCCAGGGACUGGGCCAGUUGGUGGCAGCUAAUGAGAGUUGAGGAGUAAUUGGACUUUGUAUUCUGUGCGCUGAUCUGAUGAAGUGAAGCCCUUUACACUCUCUUAAACACAAAAUCAUACACAGCACUUUGAUUGACAAAUGAAAUCACCCCCUCCCCUCCAAGUCACAUGAUGAUGAAUGUUAUUUGACAGUCCUAUGCUGACCUUGCGCUACACGACUUUUGCAGAGUUACGUCUGCCGACACGACACAGUAAUAUUCCGAUCUCUGCUGCCGCUAAAGUGAACAUGAAAGCUAAAUUUAAACUCAAUAAAGUGACCUUGUGGACAAGAACAUAUUGAAGGGCUCUCUGCAUCCGCAUUUCUGCCUAGUUUAGUUGCCGGUGGAUGAACUGUAUAUUAUAGCAGCCUGCAGUGCUGCAGCAGGAUACUGUUUUGGUCCUCCUCCAGUUCAUUUAUCUGAGAUUUAAAAAAAACAAAUCAUGCUUUAUUGCUCACACAUUUAAGAGAUUUGAGUCAGGACUAAACAUGUUUUAAUCAGGAGUUUCAGAAUCGCUUAAGUGCAAAGAAUACUGGUAAGAUCGCAUUCGCUUGUUUUUUUUUGGGUUGUCUGUAAACCUGUAUCAGGUUGUAUAUGAGAAAUGCAAGCAGUCUUCCAGGGUUUUUACAUUGACCAGGUUGUACGUAGGAGUUCCUGAAGCCUCAGUGGAAGUGUCAUCAGCGUAACAGAGAUGGUGUCAGGAGUCUUCGACACAUGAAACCUUCCUGUCAUGUUUCUUAUCGUCAUCCACAACAUCAUGCUGUAACUGAACGUCUCAGGGUUUGAGUUGAAGGAUAGGCGUUCGACACCAGAAGAUAGCAUCUCUUAUUCUAAAUGAGGGUUAAUGCAUCCAAAUGCCUGUCCAAUUGUUAGCAUUACAUGAGCUGCCUUUAGUUAUUAAAGUUCCACAAGGUGAUGGUGAAGCCCAUCCCUGAACACCACGUGUCGUCCUCAGAGAUGUUCCCUCUGAAUAACCUUUGCACCUUCACAUCUGGCAGCUUCAAUCCACACUUGUUCAAAGUCGUGUAGUGUAGGUGAGGCACAUGCAGCCGACCAGCAAAGCACUGACACCAACACACUACCUCACAAUUCUGUGACCGACCGCCUUGAAAUUCCCACGCUGAUUUGCCCUCACACCGGAAUGUGACGAUGGUGUCAAAUUUGUUGAAAUAAAUCUGUGGACUGAGCAGCAUGUGACAGAGGUCCCAUAUUAUGGGUUUUCCCAUGUGGCUUAGCUAUGACAUUGGCAGUCCGAGUGACCAUCAGACCAUUGGUGUGCUGCUCAAAAUAAGAUUCUUUUUUUUUUUUUAUGACAACAAAAUACUUUCAAAAUUGGAAUCGGUGCCUGGGAAAGUCUUUGCAUGUUGUGUCAGGACAUUUGUAUCAUCGUCACACCAAAGUGAAAGAGUGCAACCACUGAGUUGUGAGUGUAUCGUGGAACGUACUGGACCAGUGCUGAGUUCUUCCCUCACAGCUGAUUUCCAUGCCCAAAACCUGUAAAUAUGAUAGCAACAAUCAUCUGUUGUGGACAUGCAGAUAUAAGAUUCCAUCCGAAGGUUCUCUUUCAUAAAUUGUGAAACCAGUGUGUGAACGAUGGUGUUGGCAAGCAACUAGUGUCAUGUGUGAGCAGAUGUGCUUUACCAGAGUGGAGGGCAUGCACGUGAACCAAUGCAGUAGCUCGUCCGUUUCACCUCUGACCUCUGAGGAUUUGACCAAACAUCCAUGUCCCUGUCACAUAUCCUGGUGUUUCAGUCAUGUCCAACUCUUCGUCGCUCUCUUGCUCUUCUUCUUGAUUCAGUGUCCAGGUUGCCUUUCUGACAUAUUCUCUGCUUUGUUGGAUUUUUGUACUGGUGUUUGUGUUGUGCGUUUGCUCGGAUUUGGCGCCCCCUAGUGGCGACAGUGAGUCCCACACCAAGAGGGGAAGGUACUGACUUGUAAAGUAAACGAAUUUUUCUAUA